AUGUGUCGUGAAUCGGAGAAGUGCCCUCGACUGUAUCCGAAGAGGGAGAGAAGGGAUGACACCCGAGACAGGGGUGGAGUACCGAGGGGAGAAAUCAAAAGCUACAAGGGAGCUUUAGUAAGUGCAGGAGGAGUUGGCAACACAUCAACGUCAUCUACUAUUGCGGAAUCUUCUAAGGGGAAGGGGAAAGCAUUGGACCAUCGGGAGGACAAGAGAGGGCAAUAUAAUGACGGUGAUAAAGAGAGACAUCAUGGGGAUAAUAACAGGAGUCUCAGGAUGCCACCAAGAGAACAUAGGAACCAGGGAGGGGUUACACGGGGUAUUCAAAGGAACAUUGGAGGACAGAGGUCCAGGAAUGGGGAUAUGCGCACAGAGAAGAAAGGGGAUUAUGCAGGGAUAACAGAGGCAACAUAUAAGAAAAGCCCAUCUGAGCACUCAGCAAAAAAUGUACGAAAAGGCAUUGACUUUGAAGAAAUAGUCCUAGGAACGGAUGAACUUGGCAAUAUGAUUGAUAGAAUGGAUAUGCUGGAACCGGGGACCUUGGUAGAGGAUAGUGUGGAUGCAGGUUUAGAGGAUGACAUAGAUUUGCUGGCUGAAUACGGUGGUGACAAUGGGGCCAUAUGUAAUGAUGUCACGGAGGAGAAUAAUGGGAUUAACGAAGAGGUCUUAGGGGAAGGGACUGAUAUGCAAGGUACAAUGGAGGCCGAUGGAGACUUGGUCAGCUGUAAUGAGGGUGUAAAUGAAGGGAUAAAUGAUAGUGGGAUAAUCGAAACUGAUGCUACAUGCCACAACUCCGAGGAAGAAAGCUGCUACAAGGGACUGCAAACGUGGGGGGGAUGA